CCUGCAGCACAAAGACACAUCGCAGAUCACGUUCAAAACUCAUUUUCGUUUUUGUUUCGAAACAUUUGAUGAUAAUAGACAACACGUGCUUUUAAUCAAUAUCUUUGCCUCCAAUAACACGAGUGAUUAGAAAAUCGUAUUUAAAUAGGUCAACAUGAGUUUGUGACAUCAUUCUGGAAUCAGCCUUCCGUUGAAUACAAUCAAACAAACAUGUCUACCUUCGCCUUCUUGUUGCUCUGCGUCCAGGCUUGCCUGAUCCAGGAUGUGCUGAGCUGUCCUCCCCGAGGCAUAGCACCGUCCGCCUGCGGCUGCGGCACAGGUCUGAGCGGUUUGGGUGGUCUGGGCGGUCUGGGCGCGGGAUACGGCGCCGUGGGCGAAGGAAGAACGUCCAUUAGCGGCACAGUGGGCGUGACCGGGGAGACGAGGGUCACGGGCGCGGUGCCAGUGCUCGGCGCUGUGAGCUUCAGCGGCACCGUGCCCGCUCGUGGCUCCUGCACCAUCACGGGCAGCUGCGCCCAGUCCUGCGGCUGCGGAGGAUACUAACCUGGGACGCACUUCUUCAGUUAACGUCUGGUCGCCUGGAAGAAAUUGCUGCACAUCAAUGAGCCCGUCAAUUGUGUUGUAAAAUGUUUCAUGUGUGAACAGAAUCGAUGAGCCCAAUAUCACAUCACUAUGCUAAUGGACGACACAACAUUGGCUAACUCGUACCGCACAUUGAAGCUAUUGUAAAACAUUAUCUACGUUGAAAUAUAAUCACUAAUUGUACUGAACUAAAUGUUCUGUUCAAUACUAUACUAUACAUACAUAAGAUCACGCCUAUAUCCCGUUGGGGGUAGGCAGAUACCACAGAAUUGUACCUACUACGAUCCAAAUACACCACUUUCGUUUUUUCCACUCUCGUCAAAGACUUCAUGCAUGCUCACUUCAUGAACGAAAAAAAUAAAUAAAACGAUAUGCAAUUUUA